CAAAAGCGAAACUUUGUCACUUAGGCGUUCUUUUCUUUACACUGUCUCGUCAGUACAGAUUCCGCGAUGGACGGAGAGUUUCCUUUUGCCCUUUUCGUCGAGGGAAACUGGGACCCCAAGACACUUAAACUGAAAAACAAGUUGACUAUUUAUUUCCAGAGCAAGAAGUCAAAUGGAGGAGAUUGUGUGGUAGAAUACGAAGUUUCUGACGGCCAAAGAGCGAGUGUACGCUUCAAAACGGAAGAAGUGAGACAGAAUGUUCUGGAGAAGAAAGGGCAUGAAAUUAAGUUGGGUAAAGACCUCCUGAGCCUCAGGGUUUAUCUUCCUCCGAAUGAGGCCAAAUCUAGUCAGGAAACAAAGUCUUCUGAUAACAAAGGUCCAACAGACGAAAAGCAAACAUCCUCUGAAUCUCGGACUGAAGUUGAAGCAGGGUCAUCUCAGACUGAAGAUGAAGCGGGGUCUGAGCCAAAGGAAGACAGUGAGGAGUCAUGUCCAACGUCAGCUGUAAUAAAAAACAUCCACCUGAAACAGGAGUCCCUGUAUAUGCUGGUAGAGAAUGUCCUCAAGUAUAGUCCUGAGGACAAAAAUAUCAGCAUAGAAGCCAUCCCUGAGUGUCAUUGUGCUGUUGUUACUUUUACUAACAAUAAAGAUGCGGUAGACUUUAUUAAGUCUUGCCCAAAGAACUCAAUGUUCAAGAAGAAGAAUCUGGAAAUCAGUCUUCUUGAGAUGACCACAAAAGUGAAAGUAGAAGAUUUAUCUUCAGACAUGUCCUCUGACUAUAUCAUGCUUUAUUUCGAAAAGUAUGGUGAAAUAGAUGAGGAUUUGGAAAUGCUUGAAGAUGAAGAAUCAGCUAUAAUCACAUUUAAAACUCACGCAGAUGUAAAGACAGUUCUUGAAAAACAACAUUACAUUAAAAAGCAGCACAUCAGAGUAUUUCCAUACUACGAAUCACUGGGAGUUGCACUCUAUGGUGACGAAAGGCCCAUUCUGAAACUCCCGGAAUCUUUUACAGAAAAUAUUCAUACAUCUGUUUGGAAAUAUCUUCAAGAAUACCCAGAAAAUUUGGACGUAAUCAUGCAAGAUAUGCAGAAGCAUUUCUGCCACCUGGAGUUUCAAGACUUAGCUGUAAGAAUCAUUCCUCUAGAAACCAUCCUUCAUCAAGGUGUACAGACGAAAAAACUUCUUCAGACAUGGAGAGAAAAGGCCUCUGCUGAAUUUACUGCAAUAAUGUCCAAAUAUAAGUCAGUAGAAAUCGAGAUUGAGAAAGAUGCAUGGGCUGAACUGGAAACAGAAGUCCACAGGAUGUUGUCAUCUGAACCCGUAGCCCUGAUCCUUCACAAAGGUCAAGGAAGGGUGAGCUUGGCUGGUCUUGCAGAAGAUGUACACAGAACUGGGAAUGCGGUGCAGAACAUUGUUAACAGGACUACACAAAGAAUCCAAAGAGAGAAGAGCUGCAUUGAAGAUGAAAUCUCAAUCACACCAUCUGUUUAUAUGAUCAUCAUGAAAGAUGAUUUGCAAGACAAAAUCUGCGACACCUUUCCAGGACUGAAGCUGAAUUACAACGUUUCCAGACAAACAUUAACUUUUUAUGGGAUAAAAGAAGACGUUUCAGAGUCAAAGUGUAAGAUUUUGCAAGAGUUUGUUGGCCUUAAUCGAAGGAUGAUAGCGCUUGACCCACCUAUUUUACAGUUCCUGAUAAAGUGGGACAAAGAGGAACUGACAAAAGAACUAUUCUUUUCCCAGGGAAUCUGUGCAUCAUUGGAGAUUACGAACGACCAGCCGUUUCUUAUUGCUAAAACAGAGAGGGCAUUGCAAGAUAGUGAAAAUCGGUUAAAAGCACAAUUAGGUCAUGCGUGCAUUGAAGUAGAUGAUCCUAGUAUGCUCAGGGGCAUGGAAUGGCAAGAUCUAGUUGACAAAUUAAGUAACACACUAAAUUCGUCAAUAACGAAGGUGCAAAUAGAUGAAUCAGACAGAAAAGUUGUAAUUUCUGGAUUUGCUGAAUCAGUGCAGUUAGUUCAGGAACAGCUGUCUGAAUAUGUGAUCAACAAUUCUAUCAUUACCACAACCCUACAGGCAGAUAAGAUUAUUGUGAAGUAUCUAAAAGAGCACAGAAAGGAAGAUUGGGGUAAAAUUAUGGAAUAUAAUGUAAAUGUUAAAUUUGAGGAGGAUACAGUCUCACUGACUGGGCCAAGGCUUCGUUUGAGUACGUACAAGUUUGUUUUUGAGAACCUUCUUUCAUCUGUUUACUGCUGCAGGUUUAAAGUAGACAAGCCUGGUGCUAAGAGGGUUUUUAAGAGUAAGGAACUUAUGAUCGUUGAAACAGCAAAGAACAAAAUGGGGUGUGUAGUCGAGUUAGUAGAGGAAGAUGAUAGAAAGCAGGUUUCUUCUAGCCUCAUAGGCAAAAAGAGAGUUCGCACACCUGAUGGAGUGGAAAUUAUAGUCAACAAAGGUGACAUGUGCUUGUAUCCUGUAGAUGCUAUAGUGAACGCAGUCAAUGACAAGCUUGAGCUCAGUGGAGGUCUAUCGAAAGCACUUUCUGAUGCUGCAGGCCCAGAGCUGCAGGAAGCCUGUAACCAGGUUAUUAAAAAGCGAACGAAGUUGAAUCCAGGCGAGGCUGUCAUUACUGAGGCUGGAAAGUUGCCCUGCAAGCAUGUAAUUCAUGCAGUAGGGCCACACUUUGAUAGUGCAAAUCCCCAAAAAUCAGUUAGCACUUUGAAAAAUGCUGUAAAGAAAAGUCUGAAUCUUGCUGACAGAGAGUAUUGUCAGUCACUGGCAAUACCAGCCAUAUGUUCUGGCAAUCUUGGAUUCCCACUAGCCCUUUGUGCAGAAACCAUUGUUUCAGCAUUAAAAGAAUUCUUUAAUUUCAUGAAAGGAGACAUGUGUUUAAAAGAGAUCCAUCUGAUUGAUAAUAACGAUAAAACCAUUGAGGCUUUUGAAGCAGCAGUGCAGAAUUUGUAUGGGGGCAGUUCCAAAAGUCAGAGCCCAAGAUUCAUUGGUGCUUCCAGCAGCCAACAGCAAAACCCGAAACCAUCUAGCUCCACGAGCCAAGGAUUGUCCCAGAGUGUUAAGACAAAUGAAGGGUUGACUAUUACUCUCGCAAAGUGCAACAUUCAGAAUACCUCAUUGGAUGUGGUGGUGAACUCUAUAUCAGCUGACCUGGCUCUUAACCAUGGUGCUGUUGCGCAAGCCAUUCUAACUGCAGCAGGGCCACAAAUUCAGACACAACUUAACCAGCAGGCUACAGGACCUGCAAACAAUGGAGCUAUCUUUAUCACUAGCGGUUGCAAUCUGAAAAACAAACUGGUGUUUCAUACUGUAGCCCCACACUGGAACCAGGGACAAGGUUCAGCACAGACGUUGGAAGGCAUCAUGGAUGGAUGUUUAGAUCUGGCAGAACAGCAGAAGCAGGGGUCUAUUGUGUUCCCAGCUAUUGGAACAGGGAACCUGGGAUUUCCAAAGGCAUUGGUGGCUACCAUUAUGCUCGACUCGGUUCUUAAGUUUAGCAAAAACAGAGCUUCACAUCAUGUACAAGAAGUGAUGAUCGCUCUCCAUCCCAGCGACCAUUCAACCAUUCAGGCUUUUACAGAUGAAUUCAACAAAAGGGUUAACAUCCAGCCAUCCUUAUCCUUAAGUGUCUCCACCAAAGGCCCCUUUUCAAAGGUGACCUCACCAAAAACAGGGAUUUAUGAGACUACAAUGGGAGGAGUUGUGCUUCAGGUUCUCACUGGUGACAUCACAAAGGAGACCACUGAUGUCAUCGUGAACUCAACCAAUGAGACUUUCACAUCGAAAGCUGGUGUCUCAAAGUCUAUUUUAGACGCAGCAGGUCCAAAUGUGGAAGCUGAGUGCCAGCAGUUAGGGGCGUUGCAAAACAAGGGACUGAUAAUGACUCAGCAAGGCAACCUGCAAUGCAAAAAGAUCAUCCACAUCUCAGCAAAAAAUAAUCUGAAAACAAUCCAAAAACGUGUUCAACAGGCAUUAGAAACGUGUGUGAAAAACAAUUUCAGCUCCAUUGCCUUCCCUGCCUUUGGAACAGGUCAAGGCGGAAUUAAUUCAGGCUAUGUUGCAGACCACAUGUUCGAUGGUGUAAUUGACUUUUUGAAGCAGACUCCACAGUCUUCACUCAGAACGGUGCACAUAGUGAUCUUCCAGGCACCCAUUUUGGCAGAUUUUCAUCAGAGUAUGUUGAGAAGAGACAACACUGACAAGCAGAAGAAUGAAGGGGCCUGGGCAAGACUUACAUCUUUUACCAAAUCGUUUUUUAUGAACGCCAAGCCCAAAGAUGUCAAGCAACCAAAAGAGGCAGACUUUGUAAUUGAGAAUAAGGUGGAGACUGCGGUUUGCUUCUCCAUCUGCGGGCCUUCCCAAAUCGCUGUGGAUGAAACCAAGCAGUUCCUUGAUAAGCUCAUCUCAGAGGAACAGGCUUUUCAGGCCAUCAGUGAUUCGAUGAUCCUCAGACUGUCUGAUAUGAACAGACAACGAAUCCAGGAGCUGCAACGACUCAUGUGCGUUAAUGUGAAAAUCGAGCAGAAGGCUCAUUCUGCUAAAGGGGCAGAUUCAGACGACAUCAAGCUUAUAGUAGAGGGUCUCAGCAGGGAUGUCCUGAUGGUUGUAAGUGAGAUCAACGACAUGUUGAAAGCAACAAGAGAGGAAGUGAACCAGAAGAAAAGCAUGGAGCUAACAGCUGACCUGGUGGACUGGCAAUACAAACAGGGUGGGCAGUUCCACAGCUUUGACCUAGCUACAAACUUUAAACUUGAAGAAGCAUUAAAUCUGAAUUCUCAAGAUGUGGACAUCAAUUUUCAAAAUCAAAUGUACAAAGUCAGAAUGCCGGAGGGUCCUGCUGUGAACUUCAGUGGUGGCAGCCAGAUGGAAAUCAGACGUGUUGACAAAAUAAGAGCCUCCGAGAACCUCCCGAAGGAAUGGGAUGUCAUGGCGUCGAGUGAAUUACACAAGGUUUGUCCACUGCAAGUUGGCAGUCAAGAGUACAACGAUGUCCUGGUCCAAUUUAGAAAAACAUGUAAUCAAAAUGUUCUUUCGAUUCAAAGGGUCCAGAAUCCUCGCAUGUGGAAGAACUACCAAAAUAACAAACAAUAUAUGGAACAAAUGAAUGGCCAUCAGAACAACGAGAGGAUGCUGUUUCAUGGAACCAGAGAAGAGUCAAUAAACCACAUAAAUCAAAACGGCUUCAACCGGAGCUAUGCAGGAAAAAAUGCUGCGGUUUAUGGAAAAGGAACCUACUUUGCACUUAAUGCAUCUUACUCUGCCCAAAAUACGUAUUCAGUACCAAAUGCACAAGGACAGAAGCACAUGUAUUACUGCAAAGUUCUCGCUGGAGAUUAUACACUUGGAAACUCAGCGAUGAUUGAUCCACCUGCCAAAACCGCCAAUGGUACAGAUCUGUAUGACACUGUGGUGGAUAACACAGUGGCUCCAACUAUCUUUGUGGUAUUCCGUGAUUACCAUGCAUAUCCGGACUAUCUAAUUACUUUUACCUGAACUGCAAACCAAAGAAAGCUGCAUGAUUCAUGAACACCUGCGUAGUGAUGCAGAAAAUACAAAAAUACUGCCAAUAUAUAGUUGUGAUUGCAACAUAUACUGUAGUUCUGGAUUUGAAAAUAAAGUGACCUUGGAGGAUGUCCUUGAAAAAACCAGUAACCAGGUAAAGCAACCAGGAUGCUAUUGCUGAGCACAGUACAGUGCUACCACCACCAUGCUUCACUGUGGGGUUUUCAGGCUGAACAGUCUCCAACAUACCUGCAAUAUGAUUUUGAAUUGCUCACAUCUUUUCCAUAAAGCCAACCUUGUGGUGGUCAUCUUGUGUCUUCCAUUUGAGCUGUGGAUCUCUUGGUUGAUUCUGUCAUGAAUGCUUUUCUCACCUGACAAUCUUUCAGGGACCCAGGUUUAGCAGUAAUAACGAAUUUAGCUGUGCCUUUAUUUUUUGGGGAAAUUUAUAUAUUUUUAGAAUCAAACCCUAAUGCAUACUUUUCCAGAAUUCCAAGUAUGUUCCCAGAAUUCCAGAUCUUACAUUGGGUUUUUCCAGAAACACAAAUUCUUUGAAAUCGCACUUAAAUUCAACUCCAUUCAGCUAACUACAUAAUGUUUGAUGGAAACCGAACUAAUCUUGGAACAGGAGUGAAUACUUAUACAAAUGUGGUGGAGAUUUAAUACAUAUUUAAAUCUAUUUCAGUUCCAGAUUGUAACCGUAUAAUACGGUCAUUUUUUUUUUUUAACUACAGAUUUGUGAUCAUAUUUUCAAGAGUACUAGAUAUAUAGUGUACUUGAACAUUAUAGGAUAUUAUUUAAGCACAUACUAAGCCCCAUAUGCCUUACCACCAAGGAUUUUUGAAAUCCCUGGUUCAAGACUCUAAUAGCUAUUAAUGUCAUUUUUUAUGCCUGUUUUCUUUUGAUCGUGAAGCUUGAAGAUUUUUUUGUUUUCCGUUUUUCAUGUGAUAAUUUUUUCUGAAAGUCAGGCAAGGCACUGAUACAGCAGUGGGAGAUUUACUUACAUCAGUUCCUGACUAGAUCAAAAAAAAGAAUAAUAUAUAUAUAUAUAUAUAUAAGAUAUAGCCGACAUCCAAAAACAAAGGAACUGGAUAUUGUGUACUGACUUUUACAGCUUCUUAAUAUUUUGGACUGCUGCCUGCCAUUCUGCUGAUUUUUAGUAGAUGAUUCACUGUGAUUUUGUUUACAGAGAACGUAAUCCAUUAUUAAUAAAAUCAACGACUUCAGUAUUUAAA